AUGGCUAGACCUUGGCUGCGGCCAGUGGGGCGCCUACAGUUGCUUUUGCUGUGCUCGCUGCUGUGUCUAGUGGCUGUGCCCAGGGCAGAGGCGAGGCGGCCCCGACCCUCGCUGCCCUGCCCCGCGGUCUGCGAGCCCACGCGCUGCCCUCCGGUCCCCAGCUGCUCGGCCGGAGCGUUGCCGGUGCUCGACCGCUGCAGCUGCUGCCGACUCUGCCCGGCUGCGGAGGGGGAAGCCUGCGGCGGGGCCCUCGGGCGGCCCUGCGCCCCGGGGCUGCAGUGCGGCUCCUCACGCCGUCCCCAGCUCCACGGAGGCACCUGGUUCGGCACCUGCGGCUGUCCCGCGGCAGGGGUGGCGGUGUGCGGCAGCGACGGGCGCACCUACCCCAGCCUGUGUGCGCUCCGCGCCGAGAACCGCGCCGCGCGCCUCCGGGGCGCGCAGCCGGCCGUGCCGGUGCUGAAGGGGAACUGCGAGGACCCAAGCACCCGAAGCGCGGGCCGGCUCCGGAGCAAAUUCAACUUCAUCGCCGACGUGGUGGAGAAGGUGGCACCGUCUGUGGUGCAUUUGCAGCUGUUCCGCAGGUCACCUCUUAGUGGCAAGGACAUUCCUGUGUCCAGUGGCUCUGGGUUCAUAAUAUCUGAGGAUGGGCUCAUUGUUACCAAUGCCCAUGUUCUCACCAACCGGCAGCGGAUCCAGGUGGAGCUCCAAAAUGGGGUUCAGUAUGAAGCCACGGUUAAGGACAUUGACCAUAAAUUGGAUCUUGCACUGAUCAAGAUUGAGCCAAAAACUGAACUUCCUGUAUUGCUGCUCGGAAGCUCAUCUGACCUGCGGGCUGGAGAGUUUGUGGUGGCCUUGGGCAGCCCAUUUUCUCUGCAGAACACAGUGACUGCAGGAAUUGUCAGCACUACACAGCGAGGGGGCAAAGAACUGGGGCUGAAGAAUUCAGACAUGGACUAUAUCCAGACUGAUGCCAUCAUUAAUCACGGGAAUUCUGGGGGGCCUCUGGUGAACUUGGAUGGUGAUGUGAUUGGCAUAAAUACAUUGAAAGUGACUGCAGGAAUCUCCUUUGCAAUUCCAUCUGACAGAAUUAGACAGUUCCUGGCAGAAUACCAUGAGCGUCAGGUGAAAGGAAAGGUUCUUUCACAGAGGAAGUAUCUGGGUCUGCGAAUGCUGCCACUCACUAUGAACCUUCUCCAAGACAUGAAAAGGCAAGAUCCUGAUUUCCCUGAUGUGCGUUCCGGAGUUUUUGUAUAUGAAGUAAUAGAAGGAACAGCUGCUGAAAGCUCUGGAUUGAGAAAUCAUGAUGUAAUAGUCAGCAUAAACGGGCAACCUGUCACCACAACAACUGAUGUGACCGAAGCUGUUAAGAACAAUGAUGUCCUUUCCAUCAUGGUUUAUCGGGGAAGGCAAACUUUGAUCCUGACAGUUGCACCUGAGAUAAUUGAUUAA